AUGACGAAGCAGAUAACAGACUUACCACUUUUACUUAUUUUUCCUGUAAACAUGUUUACCUCGUUUCCAUUCCUAUCUUCAAACCCGUUGAACUUGUAUUUCAAAGACACCCCAUCCGCACCAGAAAUAGUAAUCAUCUGGGGUCGGGAAAAAUUGUAUUUGGACUUUGAGAAUGAGGGUCCCGGUUCUUUACAGGAGACCACGUUGAGACAGUUGAAGGAAAGGAUAAAAAAAAUGACUGGUGUCCCGGUCAACGGGCAGAAGCUACUCAUAUCUGGAGCUAUUAUGAAGGAUGAUACAGCAACGCUGAGUUCGUUUGGACUUCACCCCUCUUCAAAGAUUAUGUUAAUGGGAACCAAACCUAAUUCGAAAGAUCUAUCUCAGACGACUGCAGGAUCAGCAGAAGAACACGCCUUACUUUCCCGUAUAUCCCAAUCCAUAGAAAACACGCGAUCUCUUCUAAUCCCUCAAAUACAAUCCUUUGAAUUAUCCGUGGAUUCGUAUCUCUCUUCCGAUAAGCAGGACGAGAAAGUUUUAGCAAAACUCACCGACACUCAUCAUUAUUUAGUCGAGACUCUCAUGCAAGCCUUGCUGGCUUUAGAUGGCGUUGUGUGUCCACCCGAGUUCGAGACGGCGAGAAUGAGGAGGAGAGAAGCGGUCAAGUUUACUCAAGAGUUAAUUGAUCGUGUGGAUGCGGUGAGAGAGACUUUGGAUGUUACUGGAAAGGGAGUAUGA